AUGGUGUCUUUUGACGUCGUCUCACUCUUCACGUCCAUACCACAGGCUCUUGCGGUCGAAACGCUCAGUGACCGUCAAAAUUACGACGGGGGUGAUGGCCAGCCCACAGCUCAGGAUCUCAUAGAACUCAUGGGGCACUGCCUCAAGACAUUCUUUACCUUCGAAGGGACCACAUACGAGCAGAUCAAGGGCACUCCAAUGCGUUCACCAAUCUCCGGACUCAUUGCCGAGGCGGUUCUACAAAAACUCGAGAGACGACUAUUCGAGGAGUACAAACCCCAGUUUUGGGCACGCUACGUUGAUGACACCUUCGUAAUCAUAGACCAGGAUAAAAUCAACUACUAUGCGGAAGUACUGAACUCAAUCAUGCCCGAGCUACAGUUCACGAUGGAAGAGGAAGUAGAGGACAAACUUCCAUUCUUGGAUGUUCUCGUCUGCCGCCAACCAAAUGGCGAACUAGCGACGUCGGUCUACAGAAAACCGACGAACACGUUGCAAAUUCUCAGCUACCACAGCAACCACCCGCCACAAAACAAACGAAGCUGUGUCCGCACGCUGUACCGACGGGUGGAAACUCAUUGCAGCACGCCAUCCGCCAAACUGGAUGAGAUAAAGCUACACCGAGAACUCUUCAGAGCCAAUGGCUAUCCGCGGGCAUUCAUUGAACGAAGCCGGAGGCAGCCAAAGAAGCGGAACGAAGAGCAUAGUCCGUACAUUAAAAGGGUCUCGGAAGUCGUGGCCCGAUCACUCGCGCCACUCGGAAUAGGUGUUGCCCACAGGCCUGACUCAACAAUCCGCCGGCAAGUGAUGCGGCCGAAAGAUCCGAUCCCUAAGCAGGAGAUGUCGGCCGUUGUCUACCGACUUCAAUGCAGCUGCGGAAGUUGCAACUACGUUGGGGAAACCGACCGACGGCUGCAAACGCGAAUGCACGAGCAUAAGUUGGCCUUGCGAAGGUUGGACCCAAAGUCGGAGGUAGCAACCCAUGCCGCGCAAAUGGGACACAUCUUCAACUUUGACGCCGUUGAGAUUGUUGGCCGGGGCAGCGAUCACACAGCAAGGCAAGUGCAAGAAGCCUGGAUGUCCACCGACCGCUCUGUCAACCGCCACAUCAAUUUGCCUCCCCCCUACCUGACUUUACGAACCUUCUUAGCGGGGGACAGUCACGGCGCGGGACAAUCGGGGCCGUCAGUCAUCACCGCGGCCGACGGGGGCGAUUCAGGUCACGGUAACAUGCGGGUUGGAUGCAGCCACACAGGCGGCAUUGGCGGAUCACGCAUUGGACAAAGGGCGCCAUAAUAAGGAGUGCUGUGCACAGGACCUCCCAGUCCCUGAAGCUGGGUAGACGGAUAAACUACCCGAAAAGUCGGAUCUCAAAUGAACCCCUCCCCGUGAACGCCCCCUCUUCUUUUGAUAUGCCACCUGGGAAUCGGAUUUUCACUACUAUUGAUGAGACUUAACUGCAUUUAGCAAACCCUGUUGCGAUGUUUCACCGGCAUCAACCAAUUUUCCUGGCCGAGGAUCUAUUAAGGAGCAUAUGGGUCCACAUUUAUACGAACCUACUUUGCCAACAAACAGAUACACCGUCAAGGGCUUGUCUAUUUCUAGGCAGUUUUAGAAUAUUAAAAUAAAGCUACUGCAUAAAAUUAAGUAGACAUCUAUGUGUGAGUAUAUUUUCAAACGCGCAAAUGCUUGGCGGGAACGGCAAUGUUAUGCGAGAUUAGGCACUUUACAAUCUCGAGACAUUUAGCUGGAUUCAUUUAGUCAAUUUCAGAUCGUCGGUUUGCAAUUUUUAUAGGCCUCUUUGCCUUUUAUAAUUGAGAAAAUGCACGUUCUGUACGAAGUGUGAAAAGAGAAGUCAUAAUGGCUGUCGGAUCUUUUAGAUAAAAAUGUUUCUUCUGAGAUCGGAGUGUUCUCUGCCGAUUUCACACAAAUAUACACUCGGAUAGUCUGUUUUACCUACCUAUAAGCCUGGUUAAUCAAUAUCGAAUGCGGGCCAGCGGCGCAUUCGCUGAAUCACAGGUAUUGCCAGCUUCGGGGAUUUGGGCGUUGGUAGAGGGAGCGCUCACCAAUCGUUUCUACGGUACUCACUCGUCCCGUUGUGCCUUGGGGAGUUCCACACUUCAGGGUUGGGUACGAAUGGCUGAUGAAGGCCAAUAAUCCAGAAAUAGCCAUGCAAGUCUCCCUUGUCUUUGUCGGUAAUAACAUUCUGCCUAUAUCAUGCGCCGCUGUGCGGCUGCUGGUUGGACUUGAGAGAGAGCCCUAAGACACAACGGGACGAGUGAGUUCCGUAGAAACGAUCGGUGAGCGCCCGUCUACCAACGCACAGAUCCCCGAUCGUAAACGACAGGACAACGAGACAGUUGCCCAGUGGUUAGGGGCGUUGGACUUCUAACUAACAGGUCGCGAGUUCGAGCGUACGGUGUUCCACACUUUCGGGUUGGGUAUGACUGGCUGACGACGGUUAAUAAGCCAGAAAAAAGCCAUUCUAGUCUCCAUCGUCUUUGCCGGUAAUAACAUUCUGAUCUGUGUGUUAUCGCUGUUGAAGUGUUAUACAACACCUUUGUGCGGCGAUUUGCGGGCAAGGAUUAGCUAUAUGUCAAGAGUCAGAUAAAGGGGGCUUCUUGAGCUUUUCUUACGAAAAUUGCGUUAAUAGGAGUUAUACGGGGUGGCCUCAUAGAAGCCUAUAGAAGGAAACUAUGCAACAGGAGCCCCAUGUCCGGCAGGGCAGUAUGGGUCCACGAGGACGAAAUGCGGUACCGCUUUUGAUUUAGGCUGAACAUCGUGAGACUAAAGGAGGCAUUGGAGAGUUUUCUACUCUGUAGUGCCGAAGCAACGAAGUAGAUCGUGUCGUGAUCUUCACCGUCGGGCACCCCGACAUGACGGCAAUGUUGGCAGUGGGAAUAUGCGUAGAGGAGACGACUCUUGCGUAACCCCAAUUGCGAAAAAAUCUUUUGUCUUUUACUAAAGAAUUACAUAUAGGGGGUAUAGAACAAUGGGUCUAUACAGGCAUUUUUGUAACAGCGCGUCCUUGGGACGGUCUAGUUCAAAGAAUGUCAUUCUGCCGGGAUUAGAAGGUCGUGACUGGAUUGAAGUCAAUUUAGUAAGGGGAUAAGGCCUCCGUCCUUGAGCUCCCUGUUCAUAUCGAUAACCAAAAAUAUAAUCAAUGGUUGUAUCAGAAAAUCUGGAAAUUCAAAAGUUACCGAUAAGUGUGAGCCAGGCGCAAAAAACCAUUGCUAAAAAAUCGUGAUUAUAUGUGCAGUAGUUUCGCAGAAACUGAGCGUCUAGUCUGCACUGAAAGGAUUCAACAGUUUCGGAAAUAACCGCCGCACCAGGGAGUACGUUCUAUGUGCCAAUGACCCUCUGUGAGAGAAGACGUUCUGUCAGACGUCCGAAUGGGCCAGCUUCCUCUACAUCUAAAAGGGAUGACCACGUAGGGGGUCCGUCCCGGCCAAUUCAAAGAAUUCGACAAAGUCAAGGGCGCCCUCACGGCCUCUGACAAUCCGGUAGGUUUGAAUGAGUUCGCCGCGCAGUUGCCUGUAAUUUAGAGGAAAUAGAUUUAGUUAGGUCAGCCUGGUUUCGUAAGGCAAAUGAUCAAGACUCUUGACCAUUUUCGUAGCUAUUGCCUGUACUCUUUCCAGUUGUUGAUAAUCUUUCUUCAACCACGGUCGCCAGGCCUGGACUGCAUAUUCUAAGUGGGACCGAACGAAUGCCCCGUAGGCUUUUCCGAACAGUUCUUUAUCGCUCUGCACAAAUUCACGCCCCAACGUAAAUAACACCCAUAUCGCGUGUUUGGUUUCAGCGAGGAGGUCAUUAAGAAGCCGAGGUCUUUCUGGUCCACAACAUUUGAAAGGGGCUGCCCGUCAAAGAUGUAUUGAAAGGAAUCAUCCUCCUUUGGUGCGGAGUCUCAGGACCAUACGUUUGCCCAUACAAGAGUUGAGGAGCCAACGAGCUGACCAACUGCUCAGGCGGUUGAGACCGUCUUGAAGUGUUAGGGGGCGCUCACCGAUCGUUCAUACGGAACUCACUCGUUCCGUUGUGCCUUAUGGACUCUCUCUCGAUCCCAACCAGCAGCCGCACAGCGGCGCAUGAUAUAUAGGCAGAAUGGUAUUGCCGACAAAGCGCAUACCUGUCUGCGUCAGAUUUGAUAGCUCUCCACUGCUUAACAUUGUCAGGAAACAUGACGGCGUUGAAUCCCAGGUCAUCGACGCAGUCGUUAAUGUAAACUAGGGGCAGCAACGGCCCUAAGACUGAGCCCUGGGGGACACCACUUGAAACGAGGGUAUGGAAUUGACCAAGAACUCUACCGAGCAACGCCUACGUAAAUAAAUAUACUAGACAGUUCACGAUGUUAGCCCUACCCCGGCCACAUACCUAACGUCCUUAGGGUUGGUACUAACUCUUAUUUCCUUGUAGACCGUGUGGGCUAUUGCACAACUCAAUGGACUGCUUUCGACAUCCGUGACAUCUGUGUAUACAGACCCGAAACAUGUCCAAAGCCAUUUAAAAACUCAGCCCCUUGGCCAUCAGACAAAAUGCUGGUCAGAGUCACCGUCAUAUGUGAACAAACGCGAGUACUAAUUCGCAUUUCGGGGCUCGGGUGCCAUUUUUCGGCGCGAUGGACACACAUAUGUGUUGAUGUGUGUGAAUCAUUUACGAUCCUAUUUAAGGCAUCUUUCCGUCUUCGACCUCAUGACCCGCAGCUUUUGAAGGAGACACAAAUGAACCGAAUCCGCGAAUUCUUAGCAGAAAUUCUUGAAUGCCUCUUGAUGUAUAAAGCUUGAUUCCAGUAAACAGGCGACAUAAACUCUAGUUAAGUCCUAUACUAUAGAAGGAGGUAAAUUUUGACUGGGGAUUUCCUUCCGAUGUUAUGUACGAAUUGCAAAUCAAACACUGCAGAUUACCGACAAGUGAAUUAAACAAUGCUACUUUUAAGGCUACAGUAACCACUUACAACUUUGUGAAAUGUUAUGUCAACACUAUAUGCACUCCAAACACUUCACUCUUUAGGAAGUUUGUCAGACGCUUGUCCAACUAAUCUUACAUUUCAAAAGUGAAAGUCUGGUAAGAACGGGAUUCGAGCAUUUAAAAAAGUUCUGUUGGCUUGAGCUUUCGAAUUCACGUACCUGCUCAUCAUCGGACAGAACAACAGAUUUGAAGAAAAAGAAGAAGAAGAAGAAGAAGAAGAAGAAGAAGAAGAAGAAGAAGAAAAAGAAGAAGAAGAAGAAGAAGAAGAAGAAGAAGAAGAUGAUGAUGAUGAUGAUGAUGAUGAUGAUGAUGAUGAUGAUGAUGAUGAUGAUGAUGAUGAUGAUGAUGAUGAUGAUGAUGAUGAUGAUGAUGAUGAUGAUGAUGAUGAUGAUGAUAGGCUCACCGGAACAGGUUUAUUUAGAUGCUGA